CCAUUUUCACCUCCUUUCUGGCUGGACGGAGGUGGUGGUGACGGUGGAUCUCUUUCUCAGCACCUCGCUCUCGCUCUCGCUCGUCUUUUCUUCUUCCUCAUUGCUCCCAUGGAGUGAACCGAGCCUCCACACCGCACCAGCUUCCGAAUUAUUUGGGAGGGGCAAAAAGCUUUUGCUGCUCCCGCUGGCUCUGUAAUUCGUAUCUGUUGCAGCUUUCGCGAAUGGGGUCUGAAACCAUCUCGGGCUCCGAGAAGGAGAAUUCGAACCAUAGCGCUGAAACCCUCGUGACGCUGAAUGUCUACGAUCUCACCCCUGUCAACAAUUACACCUACUGGUUCGGAUUCGGGAUUUUCCAUUCCGGCAUUGAAGUUCAUGGGAAGGAGUAUGGAUUUGGAGCUCAUGACUUCCCAGUCAGUGGAGUUUUCGAAGUCGAGCCAAGAGAAUGCCCCGGUUUCAUUUACAGAUGUUCCAUCCCAUUGGGGAUCAUAAAGAUGCCGCCCACUGAGUUCAGGACAUUCAUAGAGGGUAUGGCUUCCGAGUAUCAUGGAGACACGUAUCACCUAAUCUCCAAGAACUGCAACCAUUUCACAGAUGAUCUAAGCUCCAGAUUGACAGGAAAGAGAAUCCCAGGUUUUGUAAAUCGCCUCGCCCGCCUAGGUUCUCUGUGUAGUUGUUUGCUUCCUGAAAGCCUUCAAGUAACUUCAGUGAAACCGCUACCUGAACACCAUGACCUGGAAGAUGGAAGCGAGUCCGUGACAACUGGCACCCCACUCUGCGAACAAAUGGAAAUCGAUGAUACCGAUCAAGAGAGGCACCUUUUGUCUCCCAGCAGUGGAGCUAUAGAAGUGUUGUUUGUCAAAGAGAGAACUCCCACAGAAGAAGAAAAGCUGCCUCAUUGAGGGUUGUAUACAAAAUCCUUUUCAAAUUCACUGCUGCAGAAUCCCCCAAGACACGAACUCAUGCGUAGGAUGCACAGAUAUAGGAUCCUCAAUUUGCUUGCUUUUUCCCUUGCCAAUCCCUGUAUAAAGGCUGCAAGGAACGAGAGCCUCACAAGUCACAAAACUUGGGUUAGUGCUUUUGCUGAUGGCUUGCAUUUUUUUCUUUUGCUUCUGGUUUUUGUUGUACCAUUGUUAGGUUUACCACUUGAUUGUCAUACGGCUUCCACUCCACUCUGGAUUGUGCCACAGAUUGCUGCUACAGACAUUCUGCUUUGAUCUGUUGCAAGGAAAAAAAUCAGAAAAUCUAGU